AUGGCCAGAACAAAGCAGACAACGAGGAGAUAUAGGGUGGAUGGUUCCUUUUACCAUUCGGACAGUGAGACUGUCAACUCUAAUGGCUCCAUUAGAGUGCCUGCUAGUGAAAUUUCUGAGCACCCCCCAAACCCUUCUUCUGACCUUCCCCAAACUCCAACUUAUUACUCUUCCCCUUCUUCAAGCGGCACCCCCAGUGAUACUAUACUGCGGGAAGCCGACAUUCAAUACCAGGCCGAGCCUUCGAAAUUGGCCAGAGGCGGAUCUAGGGGGGACAAAGCUAUGGAAAAGGUCUCGGGAACAAGGAAGCCGACUGCUGUUUCUGAAGCAAAAUAUCGCUCAAACGUCCUUAAUCGAGCGAGUGACGAGCAGAAAACAGUCGGGACUCCCAAGAGUGGUUCCACCAGGCCCUCUCCCUCCAAGCUAAUCCAACCCAAAAUCCAGAAAACUGGGGCUCGCUCCAAAAUCACUGAACUUAAGGCCGAAAUUAAAGGUCUUAAGGAAAAGCUUGAGCCUCUUCAAGAGGCCAAGAAAGAGGCCGAGAGGGCCAAGGAGCGGGUUAGCCGCCUAGAGGUGCGCUUGGCGAACCAGGAGAAGCAGCUGAAGUCCAAGUUCAAGUCCCGAGCUGAGGAGGAGAAGGAGGCCCUGGUCAAACAAAUGAUGGAGGACUAUGAGGCCAUCAUGCGGAUGGCAUGA